CAGAGACGCGGACCGUGAGGGUCGGUGUCGGACCUGGUGGGAGGUGAUGAAGGACAGAGCCCAGGAACGAGGGAUAUUCUGAGAUGAGAGGGAAUGGGGGAGGGAGCCGAAGGGCGGUUAGAAGCGGACGGAGAUGGAUCCUGAGCGUCUCUGAGACAACGUGGGGGUUAGAGAAGCCCCAGACAAAUGGAGGCACGAGAAGAAGCUUAGAGAAACUGAGGGGCCGAAAGACGGGGAGCGUGAGAGAGGAGGAAAGCUGAAAGCUAGGGAGACCGUGGGCAAGAGGCUGAUGGGUUCCGCCGAGAAAGGCUCGCAGAGAACACGAGGUCAAGAGGUGUGGUCACACCACGUGGAGGGAAAUGUAGAACGGCUAGCUUGGACACUAGGGUACAGAAAUAGACUGAAGAGGGGAACAGUUUGUCUUAAUUUAAAAAAAUUGACAAAGGUUUAUUGGAAGUCAAAUGUGAGGCCGACUGGGGAGACACACCAGCAAAGUGGGUGUGUUCCCAGAACAAUUUAAAUGGAGAAGCAAGACACUGAUGGAUAAGGAUGGAGACAGUGAAAUAGGGAGAACCCAACAAAGGUGGUGGCGAAUCUUGCGAAAAAUGGAGAAGGCAGGAAGUGGAAUCCAAAUCUCUAGAUUUGAAUUCUUUACCUGCCACUUACUACUUACCUAAUGUCUCUGUGGCUCAGUAAAAUAGGGAGCCUUAUAGCACCAUCUCAGGGUUGUGAGAAAAGUGUGAUGUGUACAUACAUAGGAUUUAGAACACACACGUGUAAGCAAGUAAGUAGGCGCUGGUUGUUGUUAAAGCUUCAGACGGUUGGGAGACAAAGUAUUAGAUGGAGAAAUGGAGGGAGACAAAAAUGGGGAGCCAGAAAAAAAGAUUUGAACAGAAAAGGAGAACGAGAUGGAGAAAGACGAGUGGAGAACUGAAGAGGGAUGAAGAGAGAGACAGUUGGGUGACAGAGAAAAUCAUUCUGAAACAUGGACUCAGCAUCCAGAGCCUGAAAACCCAGUAUAAACUUGUGCCCAUCCCAGAGUUCACUGCAGGAAUCAUGAGGUACCCUGUGCAACACCAGCUCAACCAGGCCCCUGGCCACUUAACCCUGUCAUCUACGGUGGUCCUGUACCGUGAACGAGGAGGAAAAUUAGCUUUUUGAAGAGAAAGUAAUUCCUUAUCUCAGGCACUGGCCUCCUACUCUGGAGGUGGGGGACAGAUAAGCUAUUUUGUCCAGGUGACUGGAACUGAGGCCACAUUUGUGGUAGCAUUGUGACUAGCAACAUGCCUCCUCCCCGAAUGAGGGAGGGUAGGGGUCACCCAGACCACCACCAGGCUCCCAGUGAGGAAAAGGCCCUGGAGAAAUGGGACUGGAAUUGUCCAGAGACGCGUCGCCUCUUGGAAGAUGCCUUCUUCGGUGAAGAGGGUUGUAUCCGUCAGGGUUCUGAGGAGUGCCAGAAGUUUUGGACCUUCUUUGAACGCCUGCAGAGAUUCCAGAAUCUCAAGACCUCCAGGAAGGAGGAGAAAGACCCCGGGCAUCCCAAGCACAGUAUCCCAGCCCUGGCCGACCUCCCUCGCACUUACGACCCUCGGUACCGCAUCAACCUCUCUGUCCUCGGUCCCGACGUGCGGGGCUAUCGGGGGCCGGGCGGGCGCCUGCCCCCAGAGAGAGUGUCUGAGUUCCGCCGAGCCCUGUUGCACUACCUGGACUUUGGCCAGAAGCAGGCGUUUGGGCGGCUGGCCAAACUGCAGCGUGAGCGGGCAGCACUUCCCAUUGCCCAGUAUGGGACCCGCAUCCUGAAGACGCUCAAGAAGCAUCAGGUGGUGGUGGUGGCUGGUGACACGGGCUGUGGCAAGUCCACUCAGGUGCCCCAGUACCUGCUGGCUGCUGGCUUCAGUCACGUGGCAUGCACCCAGCCCCGUCGAAUCGCCUGCAUCUCACUGGCCAAGCGUGUUGGCUUUGAGAGCCUCAGUCAGUAUGGUUCGCAGGUUGGCUACCAGAUCCGCUUUGAGAGCACGCGUUCAGCAGCCACCAAGAUUGUGUUCCUGACAGUCGGGCUGCUUCUGCGGCAAAUCCAGCGGGAGCCCAGCCUGCCCCAGUACGAGGUCCUGAUCGUGGAUGAAGUCCACGAGCGGCACCUCCACAACGACUUCCUGCUGGGUGUCCUCCGGCGCCUGCUGCCCAAGCGGCCUGACCUCAAGGUCAUCCUCAUGUCGGCCACCAUCAACAUCUCGCUCUUCUCCAGCUACUUUGGCGAUGCCCCUGUGGUGCAGGUGCCUGGCCGGCUCUUCCCCAUCACCGUCGUGUACCAGCCGCACGAGGCAGAGCCGACUGCAUCCAAGUCAGAGAAGCUGGACCCUCGGCCUUUCCUGAGGGUGCUGGAGGCCAUUGACAAUAAGUACCCCCCUGAGGAGCGUGGUGACCUGCUCGUCUUCCUCAGCGGCAUGGCGGAGAUCAGUGCUGUGCUCGAGGCCGCCCAGACCUAUGCCAGCCACACGCAGCGCUGGGUGGUGCUCCCGCUGCACAGUGCCCUCUCUGUGGCCGACCAGGACAAGGUAUUUGACAUGGCGCCCCCUGGAGUUAGGAAAUGCAUCCUUUCCACCAACAUCGCUGAAACGUCAGUCACCAUUGAUGGGAUCCGCUUCGUGGUAGAUUCUGGGAAGGUGAAGGAGAUGAGCUAUGACCCGCAGGCCAAGCUUCAGCGGCUGCAGGAGUUCUGGAUCAGCCAGGCCAGCGCGGAACAGCGGAAGGGCCGGGCAGGCCGCACGGGCCCUGGGGUCUGCUUCCGCCUCUAUGCUGAAUCAGACUAUGAUGCCUUCGCCCCCUACCCAGUCCCGGAAAUUCGACGGGUGGCCCUGGAUGCCUUGGUGCUGCAGAUGAAGAGCAUGAGCGUGGGGGACCCCCGAACCUUCCCUUUCAUUGAGCCCCCACCAACAGCCAGCCUGGAAACUGCCAUCUUCUACCUCCAGGACCAGGGGGCCCUGGACAGCUCAGAGGCCCUCACUCCCAUCGGGUCCCUGCUGGCCCAGCUGCCUGUGGACGUCGUGAUUGGGAAGAUGCUGAUCCUGGGCUCCAUGUUCAACCUGGAGGAGCCCGUGCUCACCAUCGCGGCCGCCCUCAGCGUCCAGUCGCCCUUCACCCGCAGCGCCCAGAGCAGCCUGGAGUGUGCGGCAGCACGGCGGCCGCUGGAGAGCGACCAGGGUGACCCCUUCACGCUCUUCAAUGUCUUCAAUACCUGGGUGCAGGUGAAAUCCGAACGGAGCAGAAACUCACGCAAGUGGUGCCGCCGCCGGGGCAUAGAGGAGCAUCGGCUUUAUGAGAUGGCCAACCUGCGGCGUCAGUUCAAGGACCUGCUGGAGGACCACGGGCUGCUGGCCAGGGCCCAGGCCACGAAGGCGGAGGACAGCUACAGUCGGCUGCAGCAGCGCCGUGAGCGCCGGGCCCUGUACCAGCUGAAGCGCCAGCACGAGGAGGGCGGGGGGCGCAGGCGCAAGGUGCUGCGGCUGCAGGAGGAGCAGGAGGGCUGCUCCAGCGAGGAGGACCGGGCCGGCCCAGCCUCCCAGGGCACUGCUGACAGCGUGGACAUCCAGGAUGUGAAGUUCAAGCUCCGGCACAACCUGGAGCAGCUGCAAGCGGCCACCAGCUCGGCCCAGGACCUGAGCCGCGAUCAGCUGGGCCUGCUCAAGCUGGUGCUGGCCCGGGGUCUGUACCCGCAGCUGGCCAUCCCCGACGUGUUCAACAGCGGCCGCAAAGACUCUGACCAGAUCUUCCACACCCGGGCCAAGCAGGGCACCGUGCUGCACCCCACCUGCAUCUUCGCCAGCAGCCCCGAGGUGCUGCACACACGGGAGCAGGAGGCUGGGGGCCACGAAGGGAGCCGAGAGGACAAGGACAAGAUGAGCAGCAAGCACCAGCUCCUCACCUUCGUCUCCCUGCUGGAGACCAACAAGCCGUACCUGGUGAACUGCGUCCGCGUCCCCGCCCUCCAGUCCCUCUUGCUGUUCAGCCGGUCCCUGGACACCAAUGGUGACUGUUCCCGCCUGGUGGCCGACGGCUGGCUAGAGCUGCAGCUGGCAGAUGCCGAGAGCGCCGUGCGGCUCCUGGCAGCAGCCCUGCGGCUCCGUGCACGCUGGGAAGGCGCCCUGGACCGGCAACUGGCUCAGCAGGCCGGGCCGCGGCCACAGGAGGAGGAAGAGGAGGCUCUGCCGAUCAGUCCCAAGGAGGUGGCAGCCCUGAGCAGGGACCUGCUACAGUUCAUGGCAUCCGAGGUUCCCUACAGUCUUCGGCGGCUCACGGGGCUGGAAACCCAGAACCUCUAUGUGGGACCCCAGACCAUCACAGCUGCCCCCAAUCUCCCCGGCCUCUUUGGCAGCUCCACCCUGUCCCCCCACCCCACCAAGGGGGGCUACGCAGUCACUGACUUCCUCACCUACAACUGCCUCACGAGCGACGCGGACCUGUACAGCGACUGUCUGCGAACCUUCUGGACCUGCCCCCACUGUGGCCUGCACUUGCCCUUCACGCCGCUGGAGCGCAUCGCCCACGAGAACACCUGCCCCGAGGCCCCGCAGGACGGCCCCCCAGGGGCUGAGGAAGCUGCCCCCGAGCCCCUGUGGAAGGCAUCUGCCCUGCAGCGGCCCUACCACUGCGAGGACUGCCAGAAGGACUUUCUUUUCACGCCCACGGAGGUGCUGCGGCACCGGAAGCAGCACUUGUGAGCUGGGCUGGGAGCCCUGCCAGGAGCAGGGGGUGCCUGCCCACAAGCCUGUGUGUCCCCCAGCCCAGAGCCAGGGCCAGGACUCCUGCCUGAACUCCUGGCCUGGGCUCAGCACAGUGGUCCAGUCCCAGCCAGGGCAGAGAAUACAUGUGCCAAUAAAGCCUGUAUCCCGACUCUGA